UCUCGUACUACCGGUGUGGGGAUAACUGGAGCUUUGGCUUAAGUCAAGUGUAUCGCGCCGGCACAAAGUAGUACACUGUUUCGCUGCGAAGUGGGCGCAUCGCAGGUCUAGAAGCACGCCGGUCAUCGAGGACAUAGAUCCCAGUGAAUCAAGAAGAGCAAAAAUCCGUCGACCGAAUAACACGGAAGAGGAUUCCUGGCGUUCUCACAACGCUCUUGCUUAUUAAUGCGUUAACGGCAGAAGAUAUGCGACUUUACGCUGUUGCUCUUGUUACGUGGACGAUAAUCGUAACAGCGUCCUUGGAAUCCAGCAUCGCAGAUUUCAGCGACAAGAAGGCUAUUGGUUACACGGAGUUCCGUGAUUCGCCAGUAAAGCAGAUAGUACAACCUUACGUGACGCUCAGUCCAGAGGAGCGAGGUUCUAGGCAGAUCGGCACCGAGGACCAUUCUAAUGAUGCCGCUGGAUUAAGUAGACCAGUGACUCGCGCGGAGAGCGCGAGCAGAUCGAAUAGCGUUUCCACGAUCGAUUCUGCCUCGUUGGCAGAAUCGGCUUACUCGACGCCGCUCACCGAGACGGCCGACAGAUACCCGUUUCGAGAGAGUCCCGGAGGCGAGUCCGGAUAUGCGAUACCCGAGGAUGUGCUCCUCGUAGAAAGCGCAGGCGCUUUCGGACAGAGAGUUCGUCAAGGCCCGGCGGGUGAACAGACAACCGGGCGCGUCCUUGUGAAGAUCAACGACGGCCAACAAAAUGACGAAUACGUGAGUUUCCGGAAGUCAAUCAGCAGCACCCUUCAAUCAAGAGGCGUGCCACCCUUCAAUCAAGAGGAUAAUCAAAGGAAGAUCUAUACAUCGACGACCCGGAAACCAUCGGUACUCACUUCGAAGCAGGAAAACGAGUUGUUUGACACUUCGCCAUCUGAUGAAUCUGAGAAAACAAUUGGAUUCGACUUAUCCAUAAAGAGUCUCGAUGAAAAUUCUCGCUUCAGAAGCUCGACAGAGAGUUCGUCCAGCGCGAUGAACGGUCCAGUCUUCGAGAAUGACGUCAUACCCGAGCAUCUUCCCAAACCGCAAGGACGAUCGUCUCGAACGCACAAUGCAACUGAGGAUACCCUGAAGAAAGCUGUGGUACCUACUGAAGAGCCAGAGAGCGUCUCAACGACAACGUCCGUAGAAAUCAGGCCCUCAAUACAGCUAACUAAGUUCUCGGGCCCCAUCGUGGUACCUGACUUACCCAUGCCAGAAGAGCAAGACGCGAUUAUUGAUUACAUGGACGAGGACAGCUCUUCAGAAUCGUUGAGACCGCUGGAAGAUAUCGCCUCAGUCUCGGAAACCAAUGUUAGGAGUUCGAAGGUCGGUAUCACCCUAGUGAAUGACGUCAAAACCGAUUUAGUGGAUGACAGCGAGCUUUCGGCCGCGACAGAAACGAAAGACUAUUUCCGGGACGAUCUGCAGCAGCGUCCAUCGAGUGAAGGGUUCGCCGAGAACAAAGGAAACCACUCGGACAUCAAGUAUAAAGACGAGAAUGUUCAAUACGCAGAAGGGAAAAGAACGAUCGAGGCCGUCACGCAGAGGGCACCGGAUAAUUCCGUCGAGAUUCAAAAGUCCGUGGAGUUGUAUCACACCGCACCGGUGCACGAGAUUCAUUAUCCUGUAGAGUACAUUCAGCAGACCACACAUCUCGGAGUCAUUGAGACGAACAGCAUUGGAAAUGCACCGAGAUCGAGACAACCAUACGAGCAGGACGAACACUCGGAAUCACAAUUGAAUUAUGAUACUUAUCGAGGAAACGACGCCGCCAUCGAGAAGUCCGUCAUUAAGGGGCAAGCAGCUUCCGCGCUCCCGCAGAAGUUCCAUCGCCAAGAGUACAAUAUUCUCGAGAACGACGUUGGCAAACCGACGGCCUCAGCCUUGGUCACGAAAUACACCUCAAGUACUCACGAACGAGUACCCGUCGACAGCCUCGAGUCGCAGCCGCUACAGUAUAACGAAGCGAGACCUGUGCUGUUGAUCGCGAAUCAAUUCAACGACGCGUUGUAUGAACAAUCCAACGCACAUCAUACCAUCAACAGUAACGACAACGACCCUGCUCUGCACACCAGACUCCACGAGAGUCCCACAAGACACGAAACAACGGGCGAGUUCGUGAGACCAUACGUAACAACAGCUGCAUCAUAUCGGGAACAGCAGCUACCAUCGGCGGACCAAUCGAUCAAUCAGCAGCACUUGUUCCACUUACAGACGCAAACGAGUAGACCUCAAGAGCAGCCUACGCAACUUCUCCUCAAAAUUAUCCCCAACGGUUCGCCGGUAAAUGCAGGAUUCUUAGUGCCGAUUCCACGACCUUAUCCGAUCGAGAAGAUCGUUGAGAAGACGGUCCACGUGCCGCACCCGGUCGAGAUAGAGAAGGUGAUCGAAAAGAAGGUGCAGAUACCGGUGCCGGUGCCGGUGCCACAGCCGUAUCCCGUGCACAUACCGGUCAACCGACUGGUAGAGAAGCAGGUCCGUGUGCCACAACUCUACCCGAUCCACAUUGAGCGUACGCUCGAGAAGAGAAUACCGUACACGGUGCAACGGCUGCUUCUGCAGCCUCCAGCGCCGUAUCCGCUGCACUUGAAGUCUCCCGUAACUUACCCGGCGCAGGUGGGGUCGCCGAUCGAACAACCGACGCAAGUGACGUCGACGUCGAUCGAGCAGGUCGCGGAGAAAUCGCUGGCCGGGUUGUCGCGACCUCCUCGACCGUAUCCCACAGACGCCGAUCGGGACGAUCCAAUCGAGAUAAAAUACAAAUACCAACAGAGACCGAUUUUUGGCGGCGAAAACAUUGAUCCCGGAUACGAUAGCAAUGUCGCGUUUGAAUCCGGUCAAUCAAAUGCCACGCAGCUCUACGGUAAUCUCUACGAUAGGUCCCCGCUCGUGUAUGAUCACGGACUGCUCGACCACGGCAAAUAUCACGUGCCCGCGGCGGCGCAUCUGUCCGGCAAUGUGCGGCUGAUGAUGGUGCCAAAGAAAUUCGGUGCUCAUCACACGGUGCUGCUGCGACCGCACGCGUCCGCGUCCUCGUAUACAAUACCAUCAGUGAGCUUUAGGCGGCAGAUCGUGUAUAACCUGGUGGAGAAGGACAAGGCGGUUAAGGACGAGUAUAUUGGUCCGCUACCGCCGCGCAAGGCAUUCGUCUCACAAGCCAAACAACUUCCUCCCGCCGUGAAACCGUCCUCGUACUCUACGAGCGUCACGCAGUCGCCGGUGACGACUAUCGGUGGUCCGAGGAGAACUAGACAACCGGAGGCGCAGUAUCCUAAUAGUUUCAGGCAGUCGAAGAUGGAGUACGGCUUCAAACCACCCAUGGUGCCAUCCGUUCAAUACGAUGAGAAGACUGCCAGUAAAGUGGAGAAGUAACGCAACGAUUAUAGCUUAUGAUAAUGAUCUUUAUGAUGACAAUAAUAAUAAAUGAUGGUAGCAAAUAAUGCAAGAGCAUUUGGAAAUACAUCAUGAAGACGCACUUUGACUAAGAAAUAGUAAAAUGAAAUUGUAAAACAUUUUAUAAGGAAUCAAAUAUUUUU